AGAUUUGUUGGAAGCUCUUGACAAAGAUAAUUGUACAUCUGAAAAUGAAUCCCAGAGCACAAAAGCAUCAGCUGGACAAGAACAAAGUAAACCUAGUGCACCUACUGGUGCUUCAGGAGAGACCGUGAAAAGAUUCACUAAAGAACAGAUGGAGGGGGUGCAGAGGUGUAGUAUUCUUUUAAUUUUAAAUAUCUUAAAUCUUAAAGCAUUUUAUACAGCAUUCUGAAUAAAAAAAAUUUGUGUAAUGCAAGAAAUGUAGCAUAUCAUCAUUCUCCUGACACAAGAAAAUAUUUUGUUUUAAUUGUACUAGUUAUGGUGCCAGGAGGCCACUGUAGGCAGUCCUAACUCAAAGGUUUAAACUUUCUUGAACAGUUUAACUCCUACGUUACCUCCAGUGCUUCUCUCAGCUCCGCCCUAGUGACUUCCAGCUUCAGAAUUUUCAGAUUUAGGAAAAUCCUUUUUGAUUUUCCACAAUUGCGCACUAGUCUCCUAACGCAUGCCUUCCCUAUGGGGAUGCAUUGACUUGGCUGAGCUCUUCAAUGGUGAUCCCAGCUGAGGAGGCAGGGCAGACAGACCAGCAUGUCGCAAGAUAUAAGGUUAGUAAACCCUUAAAUUGGGCUGGGCGGGCAGACACUGAAACAGUGAUGGGAACACUCUAUCAUUAGGAAUAUAUGUUUAUAUUCCAAGCACUAUAUUGUUUCUUUAAUUUAUUAAUGGUCUUGUUUUUAAUCCUCCCACACAGUACAAGGUAUAUGAAAAGAGCCAGUAGGAGUCGUGGGAACAUGCAAUAUUAUACAGAAGCAUACCUUAAAUGACCAGUUUGCACACCAUAACAACUUCAUCAAGAGGUCCCUGUUACUGUCUUACCUUUAAGGGUUAAAGGGACACUCCACAGCCUAAAUAUAAAAUCAAUAAAAAUCUGUGUUUUAUAGUUAUAUGCCAAAUGAAAAUGCAUUUAGUUAUGCAAUUUUUCAUUGGGAGUAUAAAUUAAAACCGCUUGCAAAAUCUACAGAUCUCUUGUCUGCAGCCUUUGCAAGCUCCCCCCUGUCUAACCCUACCUUGACGUUCUGUUUCUGUCCAAUCACAGCCUUCCCAAUGCAGCUCAAUGACAAGUCUUAGCAAGGCAGGUGCUCUGGGCAAUUUCUGCCUCUUGAGUUUAACUCCACUGAGUUUAACAACCAUGAAGUAACAGGACCUGUUGUCUCAUUGAAACCAGGUGGUGUAACCGGGUUAUUUUAUUUAACCCCUUAGUGACCAGACUGUUUUUCAGUUUUCUUACCAUUAAGGAUCAGGGCUGUUUUUAAAUUUCUGCGGUGUUUGUGUUUAGCUGUAAUUUUCCUCUUGCUCAUUUACUGUACCCACACAUAUUAUAUACUGUCUUUCUCGCCAUUAAAUGGUCUUUUUAAAGAUACCAUUAUUUUCAUCAUAUCGUAUAAUUUACUAUAAAAACCAUUAUAAAAUAUGGCAAAUUUUAAAAAAAAAAAACCCUUUUCUAAAUUUGAGCCCCAAAAUCUAUUACGCAUCUACAACUGCCAAAAAACACCCGUGCUAAAUAGUUUCUAAAUUUUGUCCUGAGUUUCGAAAUACCCAAUGUUAACAUGUUCUUAGAUUUUUUUUUUUUUUUUUGCAAGUUAUAGGGCUAUAAGUACAAGUAGGACAUUGCUGUUUUAAAAUAUAUAUUUUUAAGUUAUCAAUAGUUACAUUGUAACACUGUUAUCUGUCAUAAAUCUCUGAAUCACACCUCACAUGUACAUAUUUUUUUAAAGUAGGCAACCCAGGUUAUUCAAUAUGGGGUAUGUCCAGUUUUUUUUUUAGUAGCCACUAAGUUACAAACACUGGCCAAAGUUAGCAUUAAUAUUUGUUUGUGUGUUAAAAAUGCAAAAAAAAUUAUGAACGCUAACAUUGGCCAGUGUUUGUGACUAAGUGGCUACUAAAAAAUACUGAACAUACCCCAUUUGCAAUACCUUGGGUUGUCUUCUUUUGCAAAUGGUAUGCCAUGAUGGGGGUAAUUCUCAUUUCUGAGUUUCCAUACACUCUCAAAGGCAACAUACACAAUCUGGCAUGUUUCAAUGUGAAAAAAAUAGAAAAUCAAGCCUUAGAUUUGACCCUGUUACUUUCAAAAACACUAUAAAACCUUUACAUGGGGGGUACUGCUAUACUCUGGAGACUUUGCGGAACACAAAUAUUUUUUAAAACAGUAAAACGUAUCACAACGAUGAUAUGAUCAGUGAAAGUGGCAUUUGUGUGUGAAAAAUGCAAAAAACUUCACUUUCAAUGACAAUAUCAUCGCUGUGAUAUGUUUUGCUGUUUUGAAACACUUAAUAUUUGUGUUCAGUGAAGUCUACCGGGUAAAACAGUACCCACCGUGUACAGUUUUAGGGUGUCUUGGAAAGUUACAGGGUUAAACACAGUUUGCAUUAGGUAGACAGGAACGUGUGCUGGGGUGCAACUGUUACCUGGCGCACAACUAACAGUGACUCAGUAUGUGUAGGUUUUCAAGCUGAAAACUGCACAUACAUGCUGCUACCACCAUGAUCACUUCAAAGCACUAAAGUGAUCCUGGUAGUUAAAGUAACCCUAUUAUGAAGCAGUUUUGGUGUAUAGAUCAUGCUGAUGCAGAUUCACUGCUCAAUAUUCUGCCAUUUAGGAAUUAAAUCAAAUUGUUUAUGCAUCCCUGGUCACACCUCCCUGCAUGAGACUUGUACAGCCUUCUUAAUCACUUCCUUUAAAGAAAGUUCUAAUAUUUAAACUUUGUUUAUUGCACAUGCUGUUUAAUUUAGAAUUCUUUAUCUCCUGAUCUGUUAAUGGCCUUUUAGACCCUGCAGGAGUCUCAUAUGUGUGUGUGAUUAAAGUUCUAUUUACAAAUCGGAAGAUAAAAACUUACAAGGCAAAUUGUCAUCUGAAUUCAAUCAAAAUUAAACCAUUUGUUCAUACAGUCUGUGUCUGUCACAAACAGGGGAGGUGUGGCUAAGGAUUCAUAAACAGAAAUAAGUGAUUUAAUGCUUAAAUGGCAGAUAAUUGACUAGCAGACUGCAGGGGCAUAGUCUUUACACUAAAACCGCUUCAUUAAGUUAAAGGAACACUCCAGGCACCAAAACAACUUAAUCUAAAUGAAGUUGUUUUGGGGCCAGGAGGCACUCUUACCUCAAGGGAUUAAGCCAUUUUUAAACAGUUAAACCCCUAAGUUUCCUCCAGCACUGAUCUCCACUCCCUCUUGGCAGCUUCAGUUUCUUUCCAAGCCAGUUUUAUGAAUGUGGAGUCGCUGAUUGACUAAGAGUGUCAGCUGACUGCUCUUAACCAAUUAGCGGCGCCCCUGCUCGGCAGCACUCCGCUUUUCCUGAAUCUCAAAACUCAGAAGCUGAAUUCUGCCACAGGAGAAGUGUAGACCAGUGCUUUAGGCCACUUAGGGGUUAAACUGUUUAACCCCUUGUGUGUGCCUCCAGGGUCCUCCUGGCACCAGAACACACUCAUUUAGAUUAAGUUGUUUUGGUGCUAAGAAUGUCCCUUUAAGGUUGUUUUGAUGCUUAUAGUAGCCCUAUAUUGAUCAUAUUCCCUGGGAUAUAAGAUAUGGAAAUUCUGGAGAGUGGUGCUGAGGAUACUGCCAGAAUCCAAAUUACAUAUCCAGGCAUAAAUAAGAGACAAGUAGGUCAACACAAUUUGAAAUCCGAGGUAAGGAGUAAAGAUUGGAUCCAUGUAGCAGCCCUGGGUCUUAUUGGAAAACUUAGAAAACAAGAGGAGGAAGUGAAGCGAAAGAGUGAAGAAAAACCAGAGCAUAUAUUGGCACAGGUAUCGAAUAUCAGAAUAAAAGUACACAUACAUUGGUAUGUAUAGAAAUAUUGCUUUUCUAAGUCCAAGUGACAGUCAUCCUAAAUGGAAAUCAUUAUUAUUUUCAGGCUGGAUAAUUCAGGCACAUUGAUCCUAUAAGCAUUUAUUAUACCAAUAUUCCCAGCUAUCCUUCCAGGAAAUUGCUUUGUCAUGUCAGUUAAUUGUAGUGUUUGUUCAUUUCUUCCUGUAUUUGUAACUGUUUUGUUUCCUUUCAGGAUAAAAAAAUGUGAAACCUAUUACGAGGUGUUGGGUGUGAGUAAAGAUGCUAGUGAAGAAGACUUAAAGAAGGCCUAUCGUAAGCUUGCACUCAAAUUUCACCCUGAUAAGAACCAUGCACCAGGAGCUACAGAUGCAUUUAAAAGUAAGCACAAACCAUCUCCUCUAAAAGCUUUUCUGUAAAGGGUUCCCAGAUCGGGUUCUUGAGAGAAAACAGGUACCUCUGUUAAAAAUUCUAAACUGUUAAAACCUCAAAUUUCUCAUUAAUAACAUGUAUAGCUUGGAAGAAAGACGGGACAGGGGGGAUAUGAUAGAAAGAUUUAAAUACAUAAAGGGAAUCAACACAGUAAAGGAGGAGACUAUAUUUAAAAGAAAAACUACCACAACAAGAGGACAUAGUCUUAAAUUAGAGGGACAAAGGUUUAAAAAUAUCAGGAAGUAUUACUUUACUGAGAGGGUAGUGGAUGCAUGGAAUAGCCUUCCAGCUGAAGUGUUAGAGGUUAACACAGUAAAGGAGUUUAAGCAUGUGUGGGGUAGGCAUAAGGCUAUCCUAACUAUAAGAUAAGGCCAGGGACUAAUGAAAGUAUUUAGAAAAUUGGGCAGAGUAGAUGGGCCAAAUGGUUCUUAUCUGCCGUCACAUUCUAUGUUUGUUGACUAAAUUUCAAUCUGAUAAAUUAACGAAACACUAGAUGGGUAAUGCAGUAAGUAAUGAGGUUACUUACGUUGUAAGUAUCACUUGGUGCAUUGCUUAGUUGUAGACCCUCCUGGCCAGUGAGGGGGUCUAUUACAUAACACAAAGAGGGGAACAUCCUAGAGACAUUCUUGUAAGUCAACCUAUCUUAGCGCUCUGAGACUUGCACUAAUAUAGGGAUCAUAGUGACCCCCCAUAAACUUUCAUUUAAUUUCCUUUUUAAUGAUGAACAGCAUAUUUAUUAGAUGAUAUGUCUUGAGCAGUCGACCCGUUUCAUUGAGUUUGGCUGCUCAAGAAAUAUCGUCUAAAACCAGACUAUAUUUGAAAAAAUAUAUAUAUAUGCAUGCUACAGUACCUUGCACACAAGCUGCAAAUUUCUGUGUGUGUGUGUAUGUAUGUAUGUGUGUGUGUGUGUAUGUAUGUAUGUAUGUGUAUGUAUGUAUGUAUGUAUGUGUAUGUAUGUAUGUAUAUAUAUAUAUAUAUAUGUAUAUGUGUGUGUGUGUGUGUGUAUAUAUAUAUGUAUGUAUAUAUAUAUAUAUAUAUGUAUAUAUAUAUAUAUAUGUAUAUAUAUAUAUAUAUAUAUAUAUAUAUAUAUAUAUAUAUAUAUAUAUAUAUAUAUAUAUAUAUAUAUAUAUAUAUAUAUAUAGAGAGAGAGAGAAUAUGAAUGAAUGAUGGGAGUUGCACUCCAGCUCUCCUUAGUUAUUGCCCGGUGCUUAGCUGCACAAAUGUAUAAAUAUCAAAAAAGAGUCAGCACUCAAGGACUUUCAAUUUGCUAGAAAAAAUGCAAAAAACCUUUUAAUCCAGUUGGUCAAGAGGUCAACGUUUCAGUCCAUCAUCGUGGACUUUCAUCAGGACAUGUGUAUAUAUAUAUUUAUUUUGUAACCCUGGUAAGUGUACAUGGAACCUUGCAGUGGCAACGUCCUGGAAAUUUUGAGCCCUGAAAUAUUUACAGAUACACUUAAUGACAAAAGUGAGUAAUGUGGAAUUGCCAAAAAUAGCCUCCGUCACAUAAACAUCGAAUCUCAGUAAAAAGUGUAUUAACUAAAAGAUUUAAGAAAUUGGAUACAUCAGUGAAGUAUUAGAUGCAUCAGUAAGUUUGAACAGAAACAGGAAUGUUUUCCUAGACUAUCUUUGCACAUCUAUUAUGCCUCCAACAAUGGAAGCUGAAUUGGUAAGGCACUUCAUUGAAUGUUUUUACCUUGCAAACGCAAUAGCUCCCAAUGCUUUUCUAGGGGAAGGAAAUGGAUUGGCUGAGAUCAUAAAGAUUGAUGAUCUCUGGGGGCGGAGCCUAGCAUCCAGGCUAAAUGGACGUGCUAUCCAUCAGCUCCUGGCACAAACUUCUGAAUCACGGGGUAAAACCCCAGAAAAGUGGCACGCGUAAUGCCUGGAAGGUGGCAGCGAGGACAGGAACACCCGGGAGAAUAGAACGAGACCAAAAACGAAACAAUCAACCAACGGGAACCCGCAAACACAGCAUGGGGCCUACCUGCCUUGGAGCCGGGGAGAGGCGGACGCUCUCCGUACCGACACCUCCGCACACCGACCCCACUGAACACUCACAUCCUACGCCCCCCCUUUGGACCGAUGGGGGAUAUCUCGGUCUAGGCUGGAAGUCGGGAGCGAUCAGCCCAUCAAAAAGCACACGUCAAAGCUACAACGCUCCUAUGCUGGGUGCACCUAAAAUGGCAGCUGAAACAGCGACACUUGAAAAGAGCCUGCACACUCACAAAAGGCUACACCAUGACAUCAUGGAACGAAUAGACGACAGCUUCAACCGCUUUUGGGAACAGUUCUGGGAGCGAUACCACGCAGCCCAGCCCGCACAACACAAUCCACCGACCAAGGCCGAGCAGAGCCGAGGGCAGAGGGAGCUGAGGGGAAAGUCCUUGGGCACAGCGACAGCAUCUCCACUUACCCCCAAGCCACAGAGCCCACCCGGGUUGAAGGUCAAACUGGGGAACACCCGACAGCAUCAACCACACAUACGGAGGCCCAGGCUGCGCAAACACAAGCGAUCCACCAGACCCUUCGUUACCCCUAUGCGGGGAAGAAACUCUGACUAUAGCAAGUACCGAGUUUGUGGUCAACGGAUGCAAGACCUCAUACCAACCUGGAGCAAGAAGGUCACCCUCAUGAACACCCUCACACCAGCGGCUCCCAGAGGAUCUCCAGCGGGUGCUGACCGUAUCCCAACAGAGGGCAUUGGCUGACAGGAGCAAUGCCACAAGCCCACAAACGCUCACUGUUCCGGUAACAUGCAGCCACUGCAGCUGGACAGCCCAGAGGUCUAGCAUUAAUCGGACUCAAGAGCAGAAUGUUAGGCAUUACUUUACCAUGUCUUACCUAUGUUUUAGCACUGUUUAAUUAAUAAUUCUAAGGUACCAUUGCUAACACACUGCAGCUCCAGCCUACAGUGACUUAUAAACGCAAAUGUAACCUCCUUAGACCUAACCUAAUGCAUGACAAGCUUAGUUUAACCUAUGUUCAUAACUAUUUAAGCGACAUCACCUAAGUGUCAAUCUUAUUAUCUUAAAAAUUGUGCAUGUUCCUGCAAACACCCUGAUUGUACCACAUGUAAUAAGCCGGAGGACUGCUGCCGGGGCACCGAAGGCAUUUAUGUAUUCACUAAAUGCACUACAAAAAUAUUAAAUAAUAAAAAAAAAAAAAAUAUUGAUGAUCUCCGCCAUGGAGGCGGGGCCAGCCACAACGAGGGAGAAAAGGUAAGUAAUAAACUGCAAUAAUUACCUUGCAGAGUUAAGUCCUCCCCUAGUGGCUGUCUACUAGACAGCAACUAGAGGGCACUUCCGGGAUCAUAGCACAGAUUAUCUGUGCUAUAGCGUCGCUAGACGUCCUCACACUGUGUGAGGACCUCCAGCAUUGCUAAAAUCCCCAUAGGAAAGCAUUGAAAAGCAUUUUCAAUGCUUUCCUAUGGAGAGGUCGCAUGCGCAGCAUUAGGUCUCCCCAGCCGGCUGGCGGUAUCAGUCUCCCCCGCCGGCUGACGUAAUGAAGGGGUGGAGCGGCGGCGGCAGAGGAAGAAGCAGCGACAUGGGACAUGUCGCUGCCUCUGGUAAGUCAUUGAAGGGGUUUUCACUCCUUCAGCAACCGGGGAUGGGAGGUGGGAGGGAGAGGGGACCUGCAGUGCCAGGAAAAAGGAUUGUUUUCCUGGCACUGGAGAGUCCCUUUAAUCUCCAGGGAAGAGUCUUCCAUAUAUAGAUCUCUCAAAGCAUGUAGGAAAAAAACAUAAAAAGAGAAAAUAAUAGUGGAGAUUGUAUUAAAUGUAUUCCCAGAUAUUAUACCCAAAACAUAGAGGGCUAAGGAAAUACCAUAAGACAGUGUCUUGAUUUUAACAAAUUUUAUGUAAAGGAUUUAUUAUCACAGAUAUUUAAAACAUGCAAUAAAAAUACAUAGAAGCAAGUUUACAAAAACACAUAGCUAGAACUGCUAACAAACUGACUCUUACACAAGAGAGUUGUGAGUAAGGCACGUCUUCUGCCGUUACUCACUGCCAGGCUCGUAAUCAAUAAAGUGCUGGGGUGGCUGUCCUCAAAGGAUGUGACUGGAGCCGAAGUGCAGGAUUCCCAGAGCUGUAAUCCAGCGUGUUUGUGCUAGGUACAGUUUGCCCCCUGGUGCCAACGUCUACGCGUUUCUCCGGAUAUCCGGCUUCCUCAGGACGUGAUGUGCUGCAGUGGCCAUCUUUAUCGAGGGUUUUUAUAGCCCUCAGUUACCAGUUCAAAUCUUUCAAUUAGUCCUGGCCAACCUCAUUUGCAUUUGAAAUAACCAUCUUUUUAGUGGCUGCUCUACUUUUUCAGCACACAGCAUCAAUUCAGCGUUAACAUAAAAUACACUUAAAGCAACAUACAGCACAUAUAAAACAGUCUAAAAUACAGCUACAUUUAAUAACUUAUUAUUGCAUUGAACAUAUAAAAAGAUAAAAAAAAACUUUAAAUUAAGCAAAGAGGAAAUGCUAAAUUAAGUUAAAAAAUUUGCACAGUUUCCCUACAUUUCAAAGAUUGCCACGACGCCAACCCAGAAGGUUUGGAGUUUAUAGGUAUCCAAAAGGUGAAUAACUAUUGGAGAGGGGGAGAUUGAGAUAUCGAUGUAUGGAAGACUCUUCCCUGGAGAUUAAAUUUUGCUUUUUGUUUUACUUAAACCUUUCUACACCUGUAGAGAUUUAGGGGGAGAUUGCCGAAAUUGUCACUUUUCAACAAAUUCCUCUACUCUUAUUCCUCUUUUUCCUUGUUCACUGCAUUGUGUAUGGUGUGUUUGAAGGGUACCACACCUAGAGUGUUUGAAGCAGUAAUUUGUUAUUAGCUCUAAUUAGACUUUUUUCAACUACUAAAUAAGUGCUCCAAAUAUUACCAUUUUAAAUUACUUCUAUAUCCUCACCUUUUUCCUGGUGGAAAGUAGUGUAGUACACGUGUCCAUUGUACAUUGACUCAUAAAUUAUUAUUUUACCAUUGUACAUGUGUAUUCGUGUUGAAAACAUCUGGAUGUACCCAUGCUAAUUAUAACUGUAUCUACAUGCAAUGUGAUCCCUGUACAACUGGCAUAAUUCUGUUGCUCAAUUAAUAUAAAAUAAAAACCUGUAUAAAAAGCAGUGUCUCCUAUUUAGUUACGCAUCACAACUUUUAUGUUUGUUUCCACCUCUGUUUCAGAAAUAGGAAACGCAUAUGCAGUGCUUAGUAAUCCUGAAAAACGUAAGCAAUAUGACCUAACUGGAAGUGAGGACCAAGUGCACAGUCACCACAGGAAUGGCAGCUUUGACUUCCACAGAGGAUUUGAAGCAGACAUAACUCCUGAAGAUCUUUUCAAUAUGUUUUUUGGUGGUGGCUUCCCUUCAGGUAAUACUGUUUUGUAUGUCAUUGACUUACUAUGAAUUCUCACUUUUGUGAAUAAGCUUGUAAGUAUUGUAAGUGAUUUUUUUUUUUAUGUAAUGCCAGAUUAGCCAAACUGUAAGUUACUUAGACAAGUUUUACAGCUGGGUUUUUGUGACCUCUCGAUUUUGUCAAUAAUUUGGGUAUUGACUUCUCUUGUUUAUAUUCCUCAACUGAGGUUUUAAUAUUAAACUGAACCUGCCACAGGUUCAUAAACAUAGGCUAAAUGCCCAACAAAUGCAUUGACUACAUCAUGUAUCACAGAGAUACAUGAUGUAGUCAAUGUAAAAUAUUGAGCUAUCACUCAGCUUACCUCCAGUGCCAUUUCCUUGUCUUCAUGUGUGUUUCUCUUCAUGUAACAUUUAUCUCUAAACCUUCAGCAUGCCAGCAUCUAAACAGAGUGAUGUCAGUCACUCAGUCCAUAUACUCCCAAGCCAGCACUAGCAGGUUUAGCUAGGGAGUUUACACAGCAACCUCAGUGUAUACACUCUGGUUGUUAUGCUUAGGAAAGUAGGAUGUCUGUCUGUGGGAAGUCUUUUAUGCUCUCCCUUGUCACUCAAAUCGUUGGAAUUGAGGUUGGAGAAAGACUUUUUCUCAUUCUAUAUUAGAGGCAGUGCACAACAACAGAGCGAUCCACCAAAUCUUGACAGGAAAAGGCCAGCAGUACACUAGUAAUUGAAAAGUUAAGCUCCUCCCCACAAGGUAUAAAACACUUAAACCAACUCAGAAACCCCAGUUCUCUGCCUGCCUUCAGCAGGAUAGGUAGGCACUCACGUUUUUAUGUUCUCCAGGGGUGAGGCGACUGAAGCCAAGGAGAGCUCAGCUAUUACAGAGAAGAAGAACUCUAGUGGAUCUGGUUCUUCCCUCUUCUUUUCUUCAGUGGUGGAACACACUUCGGUUGCCUGUGUUCCAUGGCUUUAUAAGUUUUACCUACUUCCAUGCUGGGUGCCUAAAAUGGAAGUGGUGCAUUGCAUGCACAUACUGGGACACUCUGGAGGUGGAAUGUAAGCACAGGUUGUGAUAUGCUCCACUGGGCGAUCAUGGCGUGCUAUGCGCAAAGUGAUAUCUGAUUUUAGGCACAAAAUUAAAUUUAUUUCCCAGCUGUGGAGGCUGUUUAUUCCCAGUUGCAACUGCCUCAAGCACACCCAGUGGGUUAUUUGAUGUUUAACACUUUGCUUUUACAUUCAUGGUCUCUUUGCCUUUUAUUCUCUUAGUUUGUUUUUAAAAAAUAUGCCCAAUUCUGGAACUACCGAUUAAGCGUAAUGUAUGUCAAAAUCAAAAUAUUUGAUAUGUUCUUCCUGCAGCCAGUCUAAGCCAGAAAGAUACAAAAGAAAACUGUGUAGCAUCUGUUCCAGAGAAGCAUGUGAGAAAGCUAAAAUGCAGCAGUAUCUUCAUUUUCUAGAACAAUUUUCUAGAACAAUUUGCAGCAUACUUUUUUGGAUAUUAAGGCUGCUACCAUUCAAUCAGCAUGUCAGCUCUGCCUUCUGUACCAGUAUUUAAAUCUCUCCUUAAAGCAAUAAAAAGAAGCAAUGGGAAGUGACCGCGACAGAUGGGGAGCUCAUCUGGGGUAAUACGCAACAAGCAGUCUAUGUACUCUACAGGAUUCAUGGAUGUCUUCUAAUUCCCAAGGUCUCAAGCAACCUGGUUGGCUCUCCUAUGUUCUGAAAACAUGUAUAGGGGCAUCUUGUCCAAAUUUGAUAAAACAACGCAACCACAGGGCAAGGAGGAACUCCUGCUCCCUCCUUUGCAAGAAUGUGUUCCAGUGUGAUGCUCUGAUCACCUUCUCUAUCUGCAGUUCUACCAAAGGAGAAGCCAAUAUUUUGUCAGAUUCUCUGAGCAGGCAUCAUUUUGAAGCAAAAUGAUUGAUCUCUUAUCCAUUAAAUUUUCAUGGAAUUGUGUUGAGAUUUCUAAUUCCAAAAAUAAACCUGAUGGCUUUAAGAAUAAACUGGAAAACCAGAUGAUUUGUCUCUAUCAACCAAUUAGGCAAUCUGGACAUUUUCCCUCCAGUUCUUAUUCCAAAGAUUUUACAGAAGAUUAUUCAAGGAAAUAAGCAAGAAUCAUUGCAAUUCCUCCAUUCUAGCCUUGGAACAGUUCCUUCUUAAUUUUGUUGAACCUUUCAAAAGGAAACUCCUGGCAUUUCCCACUUUCAGUAGACCUCUUGGAACACAACUUGGCUCCUCUGCUGGCUCUCAGGAUGUUCAAUCUCACAGCGUGAUAUUUUAACAGCAGAUUCUCCGUUCAAAAGGCAUAACUCCAGAUGUUAAGAUAUUCAUAUUGCAAGAAUGAACCAAGGAAGAAUCCAGGAGUAGAGUUGAUUCCAGGAUCUGGAGGACAUUCCCUUCCUGGAACCUAGGAAUUCACAAUCAUUCUGUUCCAAAUAUUUUAAAAUUUCUACAAUUUUGGUCUUGCUAAGGAUCAACAUCCAACAUCUGUGCAAGUCUAAAUUACUGCGAUUGGUUCCUUCACCAUCAGAGACUUGGCUUCAGAUCCUCUGAUCUUAAGGUUUUUCAUAGCCGGCUCUAAUCCCCUCCCAACUAUCAAAGAAAUGGUUACUCCAUGGGGGCUUUGGUCCUUUUAGCACUUUGUAUAUCACAUGUUGAGCUGUUAGAAUAAUGUGAUAUACAAAGUGCUAAAAUAAUCUCAACUUCCUUACCUGGGACAAAUGUGUUUUUCGGGGAACUUCAAGCUUUACAGUGCAUCCUCCUUAUCAGUUUUUUCAUAUGGAUAGUUAUUUUGAACUUUUCUCUUCUUUUCUCCCUGAGAUUUUUUCUUGUGAACUUUAUUAAUCAGGAAAUUGUGCUUCCAAUAUUCUGUCAGAAUCCUCAGACAGAUAAAUAAAUUUCAUUGCCUUGAUGUAAAGCACACAUCAGUGCUAUUUGGAAUAACCUAGACCUUUUAGUCGUUCCUACCUUUUCGUUGUUCUAAAUUAGGGUCAAAAGAAGGUCUCUAGGCAUCCAAUGGCUCAUUGGCAAGAUGGAUUAAAUAAUCUAUCAUGCUUUUCUACAGGUCCUCUAAGUUACUCCUCCACUUAAUUUAAAGGUUCAUUCCACAAGGGCAAUUGUUGCAUCUAAGGCAUUAGCUACUUUGACUCCGUUUGCUACCCGGUCCUUCAUUCACACUUUGUAAAAAUGUGAAGGCCUCGGAGGAUUGUGUUUUUGGGCUCAGGUGCUUCAAGCUAUGGAAAAAUUAUUGGAAUUGCUUGUUUAUUCCUGUUAUGCACUGCCUCCAGUCUGGAUUUAACUUAAGUUUAUUUUCCUUAGGCUUAGUGGUAGUACACGUAUUGCGCUCCAUAUUUAAUAAAUAUAUUUUCACAAUUCAUUGGCUUGGGUAUUUUUGGGGGUUUUAUACCGUGUAGGAAGGAGUCUUAAGAUGAACUUGACUUUUCAAUUUCUAGUGUGCUGCUUGCCUUGCUGUGCUCUGCCUUUAAUCCUAAUGCGGGGAAAAAAAUGAUAGUAAGUAAAUUUGUUUUUUUUUUUUUUUUAUUUCUCCCAAACUAUACAUUUGAGAUAAACCGAUAUUAAUUUAAAUAUUUUUAUAGUAAUAAAUCAUUUAAAAAGCUUAUCCAAAAAUAUUAAAUUGAGGCCGUAGUGUUCAAAGGGUUAAUAUUAAAGCCAUGGAUAAGGAAUAUAAACAAGAGAAGGGAAUACCCAGACACCUCUUCUCAUUAAUUGAAAUGUUUCUCUGAAAACGCGUAGAUGGAGAUGGAUUCAUAGCUGGGGGCAAUCCCAGAAGAGUUUAACACAGCAUGCAGUCUGUGUGCUGGCAAUGAAACCUAAGUGGCGGUGAGUGCUAUGUCUAGCACUUAAUAUUGUGAGUGCAUUUAUUUAUUCAUUUUAAAAAAAAAUCUGAAAUAAAUGGUGUUUUACUAUUGGGUACUCUUUUAGAGAUUGAAGAUUGUUUGAAUUCUGGUGGUGACUAGAGUGUGCCUGUAGCUUCUUUAAAUUAUUAUUCCAUUAAGGAAGUACAGUUUCAGGCCAAGCAAUAGUGUCCUUUAUAUGAUCUUUCUUAUUUACAGGAAGUGUACAUUCCUUUUCUAAUGGCCGAGCCAGAUAUAGCCAUCAUCAGCACCAGCAUCACAGUGGUCAUGACAGGGAAGAUGAGAGAGGAGAUGUAAGUAUGAUUGAAGUAAAAGGGAAUCUUGAUUAUUGAAUUCAGAUAAAAAUAGUAAUCGGCUAAGAAAUUGUGCAUGGAUAUCUGACAGCUUGAAUUAUGCAAAGUAAACUUACUGGCACCCCCCAUACUAUCUUUCUUGUGUGAGUCCAUAAUGAGUUCUUUAACCGUCAUCACCUGACAAAUGCUUCUAAGGCAAAGCGCAACUCUCUUUGUAAUAAAAAUUGCCUGUUAGAUUUAGGUUGGUUUAAACUGUCGACCCCAUGGAGACACUGAAAUUUCAAUGCAUCUCUAUGAGGAGAUGCUGAUUGGCCAGGGUGGCAUUUGGCUCUGCCCCUUUUGCCUGCCUCCUUGGCAGAGAUCAUCACUUCUGAUGAUGUCAGCCAAGGAGGCAGACCAGGGGCAGAGCCAGCACCAGCAGACUGAAAGAAAGGUAAAAGUUUACUAUAUUAGGGGGUAGAUAGUGUUUUUAACGCUAUAGGGCAGGAAUAAAUGUUUGAGUAUAGACCACUAAAGACCAGUUUGAGUUAUUAUUGUCUGAAAUGUAUUUUAUCUAGGGACAAAGUGGAGACUUAACGGAGUUGCACUCAAGUUGAUCCACACUAAAUUAAGGUUGAGGUUGAAUAAAUUUUUUUACUUCACUUCAAAGUUUAUUAGCCACCUAGGACUGCUAUAUUACACCCAAUAGUGGCCCUCAAAAGGGUUUAAACCCAAGGGACCAAACGCCUAAUGAUAAGGAUCCCGGGGAUACAUACACUCAACACCAUAGACCCUCCAAACACUGCAUGACAACCCACACAUGACUAUAUAAGAGAUAACCACAGCUGCAUACCGAUAUAGGCCAAGGUUGAAAAUAACAGUUAAUACGCAGGUAGCACACAGAACACCAUGACACUGUAAAGCAAUGUUAAAAGUUAGCCUCUGCGUAGGCGCAUUUCAUACUAUCUUUGUUCCACAAGCAGAGCCUCUGCGCAGGCAAUGAUGCAGUAAAAGUUUGAAUAUGAUGUAUGUACGCCUAACCUAUGCAAACGUAAUAAAAACAAUUCAACACAAAGAUUAUUAGCAUUUUACAUAAAAGAAAGUACAUUGAAGUCAGCUACAUCGAUUUAGGAACAUAGAUUAACAUUCCAUAUCAAGUGAAAUACCAUCAAUAGUACAGAUUGCAUAACACUUUUUUUUUUUUGUACAGAAUGGUUAAUUUCUCCAAGGUAACAACAAAAGUACAGUAAACAAAACAUUGAAUAUACCACAUAUUGAAACUGCUGGCAUACAGUUACAGUUAAGCACAUUCAACUUUGAUUAGCACAGUUACUUGUCCUGCAAAACAACCAGUGGAUUCUAUAAUAUGUGGUAAGCCUGAAGCGGAUGGCUUAGUCUCUGUGACAACAGUUCAACACUUUUGCUACAGUGGGUGGCUAUGACCCUCUAUGUUGAAAGAAAUAAGAACACAUUGGCGUGCAUGAUGGAAACAUUAAGUAAAGCCAUUAGCUGAUUGGGUCUAUCCUAAGAGUUUAAAUAGCUUUUGAAAUCCCAAGGAAUUAGACUUUUUUUUUUUUUUUUUUUUGUGAAAAGCAGCAGGAUAUCCCAUGACUACCUCCUCUUUCCCUACCCCAAAUGUGGGAGGUAAAAGUUUAAAGAAAACCUGCAACAUUUCCAUGAACCCCUGCAACAUCAACAGAGUGUUUAAUUUGUGACACUUUCUGACUGUGCAAUAGAGAAGUAAUAAGGUAUAAAAGUGAGAUCUACAUACUACUAAAAGUUUUUUUUUUUUUUUGUUUUUUUUUUUUUUAGUUUUUUUAUUUAUUUUUAAUAGUGUAAAUUUUGUACAUUUUUAUUUUUUCCAAUUUGUGGUUUGAAGAAAUAUUUAGAAGGCUAACAAAUUGUAAAUAUAUUCAAUGCAAAUCAAACCUAGAAAUGAAAAUGUUUGAGUGUAUUGCUAAGGAUCAUGGUGGCAUUUUUAGGAAUGUACAUAUGUCCAUACAGUAAACAAAGUUGCUUGGCUACAACCAGCAAUCUGUAUUUCACUGCAUAUUUCAGGUUGCUAUUGCACCAUACACGCAGUUUACUGUUGUGGCCUAGACUUCUUCCUGACCCCUCCUCCUCUCUGUUUGCAAUUUAACAUUACUGUACAGAUUGAAUUGAGCAGACUCCUGUAUUGUACUUGACGUCAUGACAAUUUGUAUAGACUGACUAGAGGUUCAAGUUAGGGGUGAGUUUAUUUAAUUUUGUUUUGCGUUAUUAUGUUAAUAGAAACUAACCCUGUGUGCAAAUGGUGUUAACCAUAGAGUGAAUUCAUAUGAGGGAUGAUAUUGAUCGGUGUAAUGGGAUGAGUAAAUUGGGUACCCCAAACACAAAACCCACAUACCCGUUGGCUACAUUCUCAUGUUAUCAGUGCUUUGAAAUAGGUAGUCUUUCAAAUAGAACCACUUCAAAGUCAGCAAAUUGCAUAAUUUAAAGUGACACUCGGCACACAAACCACUUCAUAUCAAUGAAAUGGUCUGGGUGCCAUGUCCUUGUCGUUUUAACCGUGCAAUGUUCUCCAGUGACUGCAAUGUUUGCAUUGCUGGGUUUAAAUGCUUGUAAUGGCUGUCACUAUGAUAGAAAUAUUGAUAGGCGUAGAAUUACAUUUUGAUGUCCGUGUGCCCUAUCCUCCAAAUGCUUUCCUAAUUGGAUUGGCUGAGAUCACCAGUCUUGAUGAGCUGAGCCUUGGAGUUGGGAAGAUAAGAAAAAUGGCACUAUUUUGUAGAUACUGCUUAGAAAGGCAAUAUAGCAUUAGGAAUGCAUGUUUGUAUUCCUAACACUAUUGUGUUCCUUUAGUCUCUGACUGUGUGGGAUAAGGAUAUGUGUGCAUCAGCUAACAAGACUAGGUAUAAUAGUGACUAUAUAUAAAGACUCAUUCUAGGCUUACAUAUAUUUUGGAGCAUCAGGGUGUUGUGGCUGACUUUUUUUAUUUUUUUUAUUUAUUUUGUAUUCCUUAGCCUCUUUGUGAAGAGGCAACUUGGACAGGAGCUGCAGAGUCUUAUCUAUCUUACCUUGAUAAUUUGUGCCUAAAGUAGAAUUCCAUGUCACUGUAACAUUAAAUUUGCUAUGAGUUUAUGCAGACUACAUCUUUAAUGGUAAUUGGUGGACUUUUUUUUUUAACCUCUCACUCUCUGUUUAUUGGGUUAGGAUGACAACUGCAUAUUGUAGGUCUGUUAGUUGAACUUUUAUUUAUUUUUUGAUGUUGUGUGGGUAAUCUUUAUCAAAUCUUUCCACAGGGUGGGUUCUCCAUGUUCAUUCAGCUGAUGCCUAUAAUUGUACUGAUUCUCGUCUCCUUACUUAGCCAGUUCAUGGUUUCAAAUCCACCGUACAGUUUAUAUCCUAGAGCGUAAGUAUAGUAUUUCAACUACAUUUAUAAAAAUGGUGAAGGGAUUUUGCACGAUCUAUUUCAUGGAUAGGUGUUCUCUCAGACCCUUUCUCUAAGAAGGCUUAACAAUGGUAGUUUCCUACAGUUGAAUUGAGUAAGUGUGCAUUAGUAUGAAUCUGUAGAGUGCUGUGUUGUAUAAAUAUGCAAUCCUUCAUGCGAAAACAGAGCAUAUAUAAAACAUACAGUAAAAUUAUUUUUCCAUAAUGGAUACAGCAUUGCUUACAAAUGGGUAAUUGCCUCUAUCCCUCAGCAAGAUAGGUACCUAAUAACAAAAUAUGACAGAACAUAUAUAAAACUUUUGCUCUACCAUAAGCCCACCUCCUUCGGUCCAUAAGAGUUAACUACACACAGAAACACCCAGUCUGACAAACAAAAACUUACAAAAUCUGUGCAAAAUAGGAAGUUUAUAGAAAUAUAAGCUGUAUCUUCACAGGGUACAUAAAGGUUAAGCAACCUUUGGCACCCCAGAUGUUUUGGACUUAAUCUCCCCUGAUGAUUUGCCAACGUAAAAUGUAGUCCAGAACAUCCAGAGGGCUAAAUGUUGCCUGCCCUUGGGGUAGCUCAUUUAACCUGUAGCUGCCAAAGGUGUGGAGUGAGUUUCAUGUGGGAGCUCUGAGAUGUGAUUUGCCUGUGUCUCUUUUAGAGUGAGGUUUAAGAAAAUUUGGAGGAUCUUGACCCAAAACCAGAUAAGCUUGUCCAAUGGCUUCUAUAAUCCAGAUGGUGUGAAUUGCUUCCUAUACCCUAUUUUUCUCUUGGAAAACUUUUCAAAAUACAAACCUGUCAUCAGUCUUGCAGAACAUCUUUGUAGUAUGUAGAUCUCAAAGAAGUGACCUGAGAAUAUCCAGACUGUGAAAGUAGUAACUGUAAAUUGCGGUUUUGUUAAGAAUGAGCAUAAAAAUACCUAUUUGUUUAAAUUUCAAACCGAAUUUAGGUAGAAAUGAACAUGGUUAACUACUACUUUUCAAGAUUAUAAACUAUGUGACAAGGUUUACAGGAGAAUAAUUAAUUAGAGUUCUCCUAGCCCAGGGGUCAGCGACCUAUGGCACGUGUGGGUAGAGACAAACGGGCUCUACCCUAUCAGGAGACUUCAGAUAUCUGCUAGUGCAAACAGAGUGGUGAUUGCAGGUGGUGAGGGACAGUCCUCAAUUAACGCAUUGUAGCACUUAGUGGAAGUGAUCUCAGAUCACCUCUUCCCAGCACUGAACGGGAAUCCACACUGGAGUAAAGCAGCCCACAGCAACCAUUGUAGCGCAUGCCCUUGACCUGUACCUAGGGAGCCCGGUCCCCAAUGGAACCCAGGGAAGCCACCCUGACUUCUAGAUGUACACAGAUCUGCAAAAGCCUCCCCUAUACAAAUAAUAAAAACAGCCCACACACAGUCCUCAGAAAUACGUCCACAAAACACACUAUAUCAUCCACACACAAUUCCACAAGCAGCUCCAUACAAAGUCCACAUUCAUGGGUAUCAUACACAAUACCACAAACUACUCGUGAACUUAUACAACAUAAGUCUACAUACACAGAAACACUACAAAACUACUGCAUUACCAAUAAAUAACACAAGCGGAAUGCUGCAACAUACACACCUCAAAAAAAUAAAUAGAAGUGGCAUGCCAAGGGACUUCAAGAUCUUGUUUUGGCACAGUACUACUAAAAGGUUGCCUACCCCUGUCCUAGCCUUUUGGCUGAAGUAACUGCCACUAGCAGAACAGACUGUGCUUGCAGCCAUGUCAUAAACAAGCUCAACUAUGCCUUUUUUGAAUCCACAGACUCUUUAUAACCAUCCAGGAGAGGCUGAUGGUAGCCUGUAUACGAAAGGUUUCUUUUUAUCUUACUAUAAAUGAGUUGAAAUAGAGUGAUAUCUAUCUAUCUCAAACAUAAGCACUUGUACAUCUGAUGAACAGGCAAAGACAGUUUCUUCUGUGGCCACUUAUGGACUAGUAGAGAGGGCUUAAGUUAGAGUGAAAGUUUUCUGCCCUCUUUUUGCUGGUAGAUACAUGUCCUGUUGUAGAGUUGGAGGCAGCUACCCAAUUGCAAGUACUGCCCCUUUAUGUAAAGAAAAUACAGAUCCAGAAUUUUUAAUUCUUGUUUUUUUUCUUUUCUUUCCAUUUUUUUUACAAUUUAAGUUGUUGACAUAUAUUUUAAAAAGUUAACAAACUGCAAUCUGGAGUCCACAUGAGGGAUAGGCGUCAAGCAGUUAACUUUUGUGUAUAAUUUAUAUAAAACUUGAAUGACAAGCAGAUUUAAAAACUAUAUUCAAGUAAUAUUUAAAAAUCUAAAGGUGUGUGUUACUUAAGAUGGCAUAUAGACACUCCAGUGUUCCCCAACACAGUCCUCGUGGACCACCAACAGUUCAGGAUUUAUGUGUGUUCCUGUUUUAUUCCAAUGGAGAUACUGACAAAACCUGGACUGUUGGUGGUCCAUGAGGACUGGGUUGGGGAACACUGGGAUGGGAGUGCUCCUUUGAUUUAAAAGCAAAACCUCCAAAGUUACAUUGCUGUUUUAACAUAUUAACUUAUCCAGUUAUUCUGCAGACACAGAAUUCGUUAAGCAUUUGAAAAUAGCUGCUGAUUUUCCAGAUUCAGGACCCCUAGAUCACAUCACCAUAAAACUCCAAUUACUGAGACUGUGCUAACACCUUUGUCACAAAUGUACAUUUUUAGGUGUACCACUGCAUCACUGGUUACAUGAAGAUACCAGAUAUCAGUAUGUGUCUAAAUAUAUUGGUGCUUGACUAAGUUCAUAGCAUUAUAACAGAGAACAGACCUUAAUUGUAUUUAUUAUAUUAAUUUGCAUUACAGCUUAAAGACACAUCGGUGCAGUCAAUGCCAUAUAACCUGGAACAGAGUAGUACUAUAUGGCUGACAGAUUGCUGUGAAUGCAGAUUUGGAUGAUAAAUCCACUCUUCGUUUGUAAAGCCUGUUAUGUAAACAGCAUUAUGAUAUCCAAGAGCAGAUAACACUGCCAUAUAGUUUUGUUAAAGACAUAUAUAGUGGGUGGUUGAAGGGGCACUGUAGGCAUUGUAACCGCUUUGACGUUCUCAUUGACGUUCUGGAGUCCACUGGUGCUGUCCUUACGUUCAGCGUUAAACAGUUUUUAAUGUUUUAAUGAAAAACCGAGAGUCCUUAGCAGCCCAUCUCGUCUUUGCUGCUUGAUCUAAUGAGAGUAGUUAAGUGUCAGCUGACCACUUUCAUUCUAUCACAGCUCUCAUUGCUGUUAUGAAUCGGUAUGACUAGAAGGAAAUGCAUGUGUGGUGAGGAACCCUUACUUAUUGUUAAACUCCCUGAAAAUGGUUUAACACUGAAUGGAAAGACAAAGCCUGGGGACUCCAAUAAUUCAAUGAGAUAAAAUCUUUACAGUGCCUACAUUGUCUAUUUAAGCAUGUGAUAAAACUGUAAGUUCCAUAUUGGUCAUAAAAGAGCUCUCUGUUAACAAGAAGGCUAGGUCUUAACUUUAAACAUCUCUCUUUAGAGAAUGGGUAAGACUAAAUGCGGUACACUCAGGGGAGAACUUAAAAGGACUGUAUGCUGUGUCUAAUGAAUAAAGAUGAAUAGAGACUUUCUUGGAUGUGCUUUUUCAAAAGUCACUUGGUAACCUUAAAAAAAAAAAAACAAAAAAAAAAAAACUCUGCCUGGAGAAAAAAAAACUGUCUACUUGUUGUGUGUGCCAGAGCUUGCCCAUUUGUGUAUUCUGCCAUGGUUAGGCAAGAAAUGAAAUGAUAAUGCAUAUUGUUAUAUGCUAAUAAUUUAUUUGGUCUAAAUCUUCACAGUGGUGUUGGACAAACAAUCAAACGUGUUACUGAAAAUCUUAAAAUUACUUACUAUGUCAACAAGGACUUUCAGUCAGAAUACAGUGGCAUGUUGUUACAGAAAUUAGAAAAGAACAUUGAAGAGGAUUAUGUGGCCAAUAUUAGGAAUAAUUGCUGGCGAGAGAGACAGCAAAGUAAGUAUUCUAAGCAUUAUAAUCCUUAUUUUUUUUUAUUUGAUUGCACUAGAUUCACCAAGUACUUGGCUUCUUUUAUAAAGUGUUAUGUUAGAUCAGUGUUUCCCAACCCAGUCCUCAAGGCACACGUACCAGUCCAGGAUUUAGGGAUUACCCAGUUGUGUCUAAGGUGUUUUUUUUCUUCUUUGUAAAAACACCUUAGACACAACUGGGUAAUCCCUAAAUCCUGGACUGGUAGGUGUGCCUUGAGGACUGGGUUGGGAAACACUGUGUUAGAUAAACCAUAUAUUCUGUCGACAAAAAGAUGAAAUAUAAAUUUGCACCUUAAUAGAUGAUCUUAUUUAUUCUAUGAAGUGUAGCAGAAUAGUUAUCAAUGAGUAAGGCAAAUGUUUCUGUUAGUCAGAGGUGGCUUGGAUAAUUCAGCACUAAAAACAUAGUAUUAAACAAUAAGUAAAGCAAUUAUUCCAGUAAAUCACUAGGUGGCAAUGUGUAUUGGCAAUUAAAGCAUUUAUAUACUACAUAGUCAUGAAUAUCAGAAUAGUAACCAAUGAAUAAGGCAGUUAUUGAAUCAGUAUGUAAUAGCAGUAAAAGCUUAAAAGGACACUCCUGCCCAAAUAUGUUUAAAGCACUAUUUAGUAGAUAUACCCCAAUGACAAAAUGCAUACAUUUAAUUAUGUAUUUGUUCAUUAAGGGUAUAUCUAAAAUGGCUUGUAGAAGCUGCAGUUCUUUUGUCUAUUGCCUUUGCAAGUCCACCCCUUUUUUCCCAGCCAAGACUUUCUGUGGCUGUCCAACGCAGCUCAUGGGCAUUUACCAGGUAAUACAAUUUUUUUGGGCUGGAGGGGGGGGGUUGUUUUUUAUUAUUGACAUUCAUUUUAGAUGUGCAGAGGUAUAAACAUGGAUAAGCAAUAAAUUCUAUUACAAAUAUGCACGGUGUAUAGAUUGCAUGUCAAGAUAAGCUGCAAUUUUUUUCAUUUUUUUUUCUUUAAAAACACAGAAAAUAACACAAGAUAAAAGGUAUCAUGCAGGGAAAAAAAAUGUCUGCAAGUAGACUAGCUUGAUAAACAUGAAUGAACAAUAAUAAAGUGAUCAGACCAGGUAAACUUUGCGUGAGUAAAACCUGAAUAUUGGGUAUAAUAAGAAAAAAUAAACAUAAGUGUAGUGUAUAUAUACAGGAAACCACUGGAUCACGUUUCUUGGGAUUGGCACAAGCCACAGCAGGGUUUAAAUUCAGACAAGUAACACAUAAAGGAAAGAAAAGAAAACAAACAAAACACAGGUGCAUGGUACACAAAUGAAAGAGUUUGGUGAAACCAUCAAGAUAUGUGAUGAAACACCUAGGGAAAGUGUCUGGAGGUCAGUCUCCGACAACAUGCGAUAGAUGAAACAGGAGGUGCUGUUGGUGCAACAGCCUGUGGCCAGACCUCUGUCCGCGUGGUCGAUGCCGAGGGGGUAUCACACUUUGCAGCCUUCAGUUUAGGUGAGCAGAUAUUUAAAAGAAAAAUGCAUGAGGCAGGCCUUUUCAUCACCCGGCCCCCGUCUUUCGGGUUGCCCUUCGGAAGCUUCGGUGGCAUUGUGGCUAGGCGAGCUGUUAAGAAAGAACAGAAUUGGGUAAAGCGCUCAUCCAGUCUCUUCAGGAAGUGCUUAAAAGGAGCCCAGCAAUGCCUCCUCGGCUGCAGAGACUCUGUACCAUGAGGAGGAAGCGUAGACGCCAUCUUGUUGGAACAAACUCCUUGGAAGUUGAGGUAGGUAAAGUACCAACGGUUCACUUCAACGUGUAUUCUUGUCCAAUGGGGACCAGGAUAACCCCCACAGGUCCUGAGUGGGGGUGGAGGGGGGAGACAGGGCAGCAAGAAGAUUCUGCAGGAGCACUGCUUCACAUCAGUAAGAGGAAUGGUCGCCUCACCCAUCCAGCGUAUUUGCUAGGCCUCAUAGGAGCCUCCAAUAAAUGCACUGGAUGCACUCAACUGAAGCUAUACAAGGCACCCCGGUUGGAUCCUGGAGCAGGUAAGUCACAGAUUAGGGCUCUUUGGAAAGUUGGGAUUCAGUUAAUUCGCUAAAUGUGAGAAUCAGGCUUGGAGCUCAUACGAUGUGUGUCCAGCUGCAAUGAAGAACAAGCCCCACCCCUCAUAGCUAGAUUUAUUUGCUAUGAUGAGAUCAUGCUUCUACAAAGUUUCAAUACUGAAUACUGCAAUUGUAUUCACAUUGCAUUGUGUUAGACUACUGCUAAAAACUAUAUAGCUCCACCAGGUGACAUAUCUUUGGAAUUGUUUCUGAUUAUAUAGUUUUUAUAUUGUCCAUUGAUAAUCCAGUUUUGUAUAAUACCUAGUCGCAAAACUUUUGAUAUACUGGUAACUUAUAUUAUUUUUCUUAUUUCAGAAUCUGAUUUAACACAUGCAGCAAAAGUGUACAGGGACGAGAGGUUAAGAAUGAAAGCAGAAUCCUUAUCAAUGGAAAAUUGUAAAGAACUUCAACGAUUGACCUCCAUCUAUCGAGGCGGAUAAACCCUGGAACACUAUUCUAUCUACAUACUAAUAUACAUAAUUUUUCCCUGACAAAUACAAACUGUAGUUUCAUCAUGAGUAGUGAUACAGGGAGUAAAAUGUGAACUGUUCAUUGAGCUAACGCUGGCUACUCUUUAACUUCCUGAACAACUUGAAGGUCACACAGCCCAUUUUUUACAUUUUUAAUUGCCCUUUAAGUCUCCAUUCCCAUCUUAACUAUUUGAUGAGUGCAACAUGUAGAAUAGCAAUUGUUACUAAUGAUCUCCGUUCUAGUGUGACAUGUAUAUACUUCACAAAGUUUAAUUGUAUAUAAGUCUUAUUGUUAAAGUCACAGUCACAUCAGGAUUGCUUAAUUUUGCAUCUAUUACCAUGGUUUCCAGGCACUGCUGCAUCUUCUCUUGGAAUAAAUUGUGAUAUACUUAUGAAUUCGAGUGAUAUACUCCUAAUCUAGUGAUCAUGUGAUAACAUAGCCGCACACCAUGAAUUUUAACUUUGUGAAAAGUACCUGUUUUCACAUGGCUGUAAUCCUCCCCAGAACUGGUAGUGACCAUGUUUGAAUCAUUGGUACUAUUUUGGCAUUACUAAUUAGUUACCAAUAAAUCAUUUCGGAUAAGCUAGCAGUCAUAAUGGACCUAUAGUGAACAAUUAUAGCCCAUUUUGUAUUGUACUUUUUGGCUUGGAUAAAGAGAGAAAAUAUUCCUCCAAAAUCUGUUUUCUGAUAAAGAUGCGUGAAGGCUAAGAAAAAGUGUAACAAGUGCAACAUUUUGGGAUAUCUGGUGUGAUUCUGUAUAUUUAGUAUUUGCUGUACCUGUCAAGCAUCCCUUCUGCAGCUCCCAGACCUAAGAGAGUCACAGUCCCAUUAUAUGUGUAUAUAAGAUUCAAGAAAUGUAUAAAUAUAUAUCCUCUCCUGCCGGGCCAGAGUUGGUUUUCUUACAAUUAUUUGUUAAUGUGGUAAUUUGAAGGGGAGUUUAACUUUAUUUUAUUUAGUGCUCCUCCCUCCCAUAGAUUAUAAUUCCAUUUAUUGCUAAACAUAUAUAUGACCAUUACCUGAAAACAAUGAAUUGUGUGUGUACUGGAGUUCAUACUAUUGUGAUAAGCUUUGUUGAAUGUAUUAAUCUAAAUGUACUUUGGGGGAAAACCCCCCCAAAAAACCCUAUUUUACUGCACAAGUGCAUAUGAUCUCAUGGAAGAUCAUGAAAAAAGAUAAUAGGCCUAAAUCCAAUAAUCUAGUCAUCUCACAGAAGGGGAAUAUUUGUAUGUGUAUCAUAAACAAUGAGACUUCUAUGCAUUUAGAGAAAAUAUGCAGCAAAGUGUAUUGUCCACAAGAUGAUGUAAGGUUGCUUUCACAGAGCAUAACCUUCAUUAAAAGAAAGUGUGUAAGGGUGUAUCUGUGUGUGUAUAUAUAGAGAAUUAUUAUUUAUUGUUGACUGGUAGUGUACUUGGAGUGUUCCAUGUUUUUAGUAUAAAAGAAUAGACCAAUAUUCAGGUUUGUAUUAGGAAGCUUGCAAUUCAAUUCAAAUCAGUUCAGAUUACGAGAAAAAUACAUAUGUUUUUAUUAUAAAGAUAAGUUAUUAAACCACUUCCUACUAUCCUAUACUAUUUCGAUUUACCCUUUCUAACCAGUUCUCCCUUACAAGUCUGUAAAAGCAGUGUUGCUGUGCCUUUUUUUUUUUUGGCAAGUUCUCCAUUAAAUGAUAAUGAUGCCCUUACACAGCAUGCACCCAUGUUGUGUUUGCUAAAUGCACUGCUUGUUUAAGAUUGAAGUAAAGAAAAUCACUAUGGAAUUUCCAUGAUUAGUCAAGUGACAUUUCAUGCUCAGAUUUACCUUUCAAAAACCAAACCAGACAUUCCAUCUAGGAUCCAAGUUAUUGUCCAUAGCAAUCGAUUGCAUCAGCAAUAAUACAAAGCCAAUGGAAACUGAAAACAUGGAACACUUAAUGGAUGGUAUGAUCUCUAUGAAGAGCAACCAAAGAACAGAACAGUGACCAAUUAUAUAAUUUGUAUUUCUGCUUUGAAAUAGCACUGUGUUUUUAUUUUGUUUAAAUGUUUAGGGAACACUUAAGUCACAAUAGACUAAAUUUUGCCUCUUUCAACUACUCUACAAGAUUUUUCUGAUAUCCUUAGCAGAGUCUCACAAUUAUUGUGACUCUUUAUUAAGAGAAUAUCUUGCAUUUCGGUGUUUGUUUUCUUAAUGCCAUAUGUCAUGUUGUACUGCUUGCCUUUAACAGGUCUUGAAAACUUUACUAUUGGUAAAAUUCCUGUUGAUAUAUCCAUGACUAACACCAGCUAAGAUAUCAAGGAUCUUUAUUGAGUUGGCAGUGGCAGACCUGUGCUUGAUUAUCAGUACCCUUAAUUUCUCUUGUUAACAGAACUCAAGGGCAUCAAAGCUAAACAUUUUUUAUACCAGUAUCCAUGUGUGUUUUUUGUUUUUUAUAUUAACAUGUAAAUAUUUUUGCUUAUAAUACCGUGCCUUUUUCCACCACCUAGUUGUCCAUCUAUUGUCAAUCUAAUGAGGCGUUUAUUUCCAAAAUAGUUAUACUUGAAUAGCAUGUUUAAGUUUUACUAUUUCCUAACUUCUUUCCAGUACAUAUGGGCAUUGGAAAACAUAGAUUUAUGUUUUAAAAAGCAAGAUAUUUUACUUUAUUUCGUGACCAUUCUUCCUAACCACUGGUAAAUGUUUAAUACUGUAACAAAAUGAAUGGUGAGUAUUGAAUUAGUACAUUAUAUACAAGAACCCCUCAAAAAGUUACAAUGUUGACGUGUAUGGUACCCAUUCCUAACUGUUUUCAGUUUAUAUAAUUUAAAAUGAUUAAAGAUGCAAUCUGUACAAUUUAAGCCUGUAAAAUUGUUCAUGUUGAUUAUGAUUCUAAAUCAUUUACAGAUUUGAACUUAAUGAAGUGGUCCAUUGACUAUAAACAACAAGUUUAAGGGGCAUGCAAAACACACAGAAGGUGCAUAGAAUGUAAGGAGAUGUAAUGUUCUUACUAGUAGAAGAUCCAUGGCUCCAGAGAGCAGCAGACGGAAUUCAGUCCAGGUGCAAAUAUUGCUAUUAAAGUGGAACCUGCGGCUUUAAACCACUUUAUUGAUCACUUCAUUCAAACAUCAAAGAGAUGAUGUGCAGAAUGUAUUCCAAACCACACUAGUUUUUAAUAUGUGGACGUUAAAGGGAAACUGUCGAUUUCCAGAAUUAAUAUUGUGAUCUAGAAAUAUAAAAUUGAGUGUAGACUUAUACACCUCCUCAUCUUCCAAAUAGAGCGCUCCGUUUUCAUUGUUAUAAGCUCUGUCCUUUACACCUAACAGUUAGCAUUAUAUGAAAAACAGAUUAACACAAGUUAUUAGGUGACUUUUUUUUUUUUUUAUUCAGUAGUGUAAUUUCCAGAAGAAAGUGGUUCUACUUUAAUAAGCUUGAAAAAAAGUCAGUUUGUACUCAAAACAUUUGUUUGAUAAGCCAUAUACCUUAAGAAUAUACAGGGUCUAUAUUAUAUUAUUUUUUUUUGUUUGUUUGUUUUUUUUAUUUAUUUCUCCAAAACAUUUUCACAUUAUUAUGUAUUUGACAUUUGUUUGCACACUUGUGCAAUUUUAUUUCGUACUUUAUUUCUGUUAAACAAAAAUAUGCUCUGCAAAAGGUAACCUUAUAAAUUCCAAAAUCUUUGAAUAAUUAUUUAGUAUAGUGAAAGUGUUAAACAUUUAUGGCAUUGCUUUAUUGCACUUUACCAGACCCAGAAGACUUUCCUAUUUUUAUAUUGUCAUUUUGGCUUGUGAAUUGUUGGACAUAAAGAAAAGCAAUAUCUUCAACUAUGUUAAUAACUUCUUUCCUUUAUCCUUAUAUUAAGGACUGCUUAAGUUUUUAUAAAAUGUCUUAUUUUUUUUGUAUUUGGUUUGAGAUUUAACACUUGAAAUUUCCAUAAUGCUUACAGAGCUUUGACAUGUUGUGGUAUGUUCGUGCGGAAGCCUUUCAUUUGCACAUUUGAGGAUUACUAAUUUUCUCCAUGCAAAGUUUGUGCUUUUCUAAAUGCACAUAAUUUGAGACACCAUGAAUGGAACUUAUGGAAAUAAAGGAGGCUUCAGUGUUAAGAAACACAUCAAGUACCAUAACCACUACAUCUCCCGCAAGAAGCUUUUAAAUCUCUGCACUCCACUGUUCUGCACUCUAGAUUCCACUGGUCUUAACUUGGUGCAGGAAUUUCCCAGGGGCACUGGAGGAGGCACCCUGCCACAGAUAAGUUGUCAAACCAUUUACAAACAGUUGGACUACUUGUUCUGGGCUGGUGCCAUGGCACUUCUGGAACCAUAACCUGUAGAGCAGGCUGUAGUGGUUAUGGUGCUUGGUGUGUUCCUUUAACAUUUGUUUAAAAAUAUAACUUAGUUGAAAUGCCAUUGUGAGCUAAAUGGUAUAACACUCCUCUUCUGCCAAAAUCCAUCAUUUUUGUUUUUCGACGUUCAGCAAACUGGUAUAGGGAAAUUUUUAAUACUAUUGCCUUCUCCAGUUCAAACUUGACCCCGAUACUCAGAUUAUUCAUGAUUUAACAAUCUUUUAGAAAAAAACCUGAUUACACCUCCUUAACUUUCAAGCAGACAAUAGAUUGUGUUACUUCCUGGUUUAGUUAGCUCAGUUGAGCUAAACUCAAGAGGCAGUCAAUUGUCCUGAGCACCUGCCUUGUUAAGACUUCUAAUUGAGCUGCAUUGGGAAGUCUGUGAUUUGACAACCACAGAAAGUCUGGUCGGGGUUAGAAGAGGAGGGUUUGCAAAGACAAUAUAAUUGCAGGUUUUGCAAGCUGUUUUUUUAUAUACUCACAAUGAAAAAAUACAUAAUUAAAUGCAUGAACGUUUUCAUUUGGGGGAUAUCUACUAAACCGUUAUUUUAUUUUGUAUUUGAGCAAUGGACUGUCCCUUUAACUGUAAAACCAACCAUUACUACUUAGGUUAUAAAUAUGCCUCUAGGUUACACAAACUUGUUAUUGUAUAACAGUGCUAAGUGUACCUAAGCUUAUUUUUAUAAAGUUUGCUCAAACAUCAUUAAUAUGCAGUCAUCUAAGCAAUUUUGUGGCAUAAAGAACUUUUACACUCCCUAUCCAUCCCAUUAAUGGGAAAAAUAAGUUAAUUUGUUAAAGCUAUGGAAAUGAAUGCUCUACUUUCUGGUAAUUUUGUUUGUUAAAAUCUCCCAUAGACCCUUAUUAGUCCACUGUUUUCUUGAAGAAGUUUAUACAAUUUAAAUAUUCAUAAUUGUGCUUACAUUGACACUGCAAUGUAGUAAAUCCAAGAGGCUUUUAACCCAAUUGUUAAAAUUAUGUGGAACUGGUUUGUAGAACAUACAGUAUUAUAUACAUGUUUAGCACAUGCAUAGGUAACUUUCUUUCUUAAAAAUAUUGCCAUCUAUGUGACAUUAGCAUUCAACAUGUGGUAUAUUUUUACAAUGAAAUGGCAAAGGCAGCAGACACGAUAUUUAAUAUUGAUUUUUUUUUAGUUCUUACAUCAUAAACAUGGUCUAGUUGGCAAUUAAAUACGGUAAUUACUAAAACAUAAGUGUGAAAUACAUUUCCAGGUGUGGAGCAGUCUCUAUGAAAACCAAAGGAAAACACCUGCUCAUCCAGUUUUAGAACAUAGAAUGGCUUGUUAUAAUUUGCUUUGUAUGUUCCUUUGCAAUUAUUUUUUUAUUUAUUUACAUCAGAUAGAACCCCACAGUACAGGUUCUUUUAAGUUUGCAAUACGAAGAACUAGAAUUACUUUUUUUGUUUUUCCUAAAGGAGCAGGACAGCUCACAUUCAUCCACAUAUUUAAUAUUUAAUUCCUGUGAUCUAAAUUCGUAAUCUUCAUUUGUGUCUACAUCUCUAUGCUGUAUGUUUGUGUAUAAAAUUAAAUAUGUCAAUGAAAGCCAUGUGAUAGUUAUAUAUGUAUAAAAGCAAAUAAAGGAAUUUUGUUUCUACUUUUGAAAGAAACCGAACAUCAAAUUUGGUAUUUUUUUGAUUCAUGUACUAAAUACCAGUAAUACAGCAAAAUAAAAUGUAAUUACCAUGUGACAUUUUCAUUUUUAGCAUUCAUUGUUUUAUUGUAAGUUAUCUUUAGAAUAUUAUUCAAAUGCAUAUGACUUUGAGUUGCAAUGUAAUUGUUAUCUCGUAUGUUGUACUCCAGGGUUGUAUGUGUACUGCUCUGUAACACAAUUGUGUAUGAGUGGUAUUGUUAGAAAUUUCCAUUUCUCCAUUGUUUAGUGCUAAUGCUGACUUACCCAUUGAAGAUACUUAUGGUGGUGGACAGGGGACAUUGUGGGCACGCUUACUGGUCUGCAACAUUGCAGCCCCAUACUUGGCUAACUGUGAUGCAGUGCUGUGUUCUGAAUCUUUUUGUAUCAUGACCAGUAUUGAGAUUUUCAACUAUUUGAGCAACAGUAGCUUUUUUUUUUUUGUGUGUGUGUAAUCUGGCCAGAUGAGUCUUGGGUGCCCAUGACCCUGACGCUGGUUCAUCGGUUGUCCUUCCUUGCACCACUUAUGGUAGGUACGAACGACUGCAUGCCAGGAACACCCCACAAGACUUGCUGUUUUGGAGAUGACAGGUGCCAUUGUAAUUACAUAAUCAAUGUUAUUCACUUCAACCCGUCAGUGAUUUUAAUGUUGUGGUUGAUCUGUGUAUCAUAUGGUUUAGUGAGAAACAAAUGCUUUGUUACGUUUGGG